UGUUCCCGGGGUGGGUGUGAGUCCUUCAGUUGUGCUGAGCGAGCGCAGUAAACAGCAAGCUCAAAGCAGGAAGGGGAAGGAGGCAGAAAGAGAAACAAGGAGAACGCGACCCCUUUUAUUAUUACAUCGUUUAUUUAAUUUCAUCGGCUGCAAUUUGCACACCCCCGGGUGGUGUCUGUUUACAAAUUGGGGUGGGAGGGGGAAGAUUUAAGGAAGCAAGGUCUCACCGGGUUUCAACACCCAGACUUUCAUGGUUCCUGUUAAGGAUUCCGUUGGCUUUUACUUGAUUAAUAACUGAAGUCCUGAUCAGGAUUUGCUAUUCUUCAAUGAGGAACUACAGGCUUAUCUUCUGCCACAACCUGAAACAGCCAUAGAUGAUCAUAGAAUGCCUAUUCACAGAGAGUGAGUGGAGUUGGAGAUAAACUGUAUAUUUGGCCGUCUGUGUGCUAAAAGCAGAAAGAAGCAGCUUUGCUGUGGAAGCUAUGAGGAAGAGCCUCACCCCUGCCCUAGGCUCCUGUGAUUCUCUUAACACAGCUAGAGUAUUUGGGGUUCCUCUUGAGGAACUACUCCAGGUCGGACAGCCAGGACAAGAGGUUCCCAUUCUGGUUAAACGCAUUGUAGAAUACAUUGAAGAACAUGGAGGCUUGGACUUAGAUGGCUUGUUCCUGGUGAAUGGAAAUGCAGAACGAGUAGAAUGGUUACGACAGCGAUGUGAAAGUGGGGAGGAAGUAGACCUUGAGAAGGAAGCAGAUGUGGCCUCAGCUGUCAGUCUGCUUAGGCUCUUCCUACAGGAGCUUCCUGAACCCCUGAUACCUGCUAGCCUGCAAACGCAUAUCCUUCAGCUUUAUCAAGAAUACAGCACAGAAGAGGAGCUGACAAGAAACAUGAAAUAUUUUUUACAACAGCUCCCACAGUUUAACUACAGCCUUCUGCGCUUUCUUUGCCGCUUUUUGUCCAAUGUGGCUUCUCUACAAGAGGAAGUGUGGACUGCAGGGGGUCUUGCAGCAGUCUUUGGACCAGAUAUCUUCCAUAUUGCUACAGAUGUAGAAGAUCUUAAAGAGCAAGAACUAGUAAGCAGAGUAAUGGCUGACUUGAUAGAAAAUAAAGAAGAAUUCUUUGAUUCUGAAGAGGAAGAUUUUUCUACCAAUGACUAUAGCUCCAUAACGGAACAUCUGACAGAGUUGCUAGAUGAUGAGAAAGUAGAGCCAUGCGAGGAACUACCUCAGGACAGCCCAGAAGAUUUACUGCAGAGGGACAAUGCAUGCCUCUCUGAAGCAGAACAACAUUCAACUGAGGUCACUGCAUCCUCCAGCUCUCACAUCUCUCCUCUCAGCAUUUUACCAGCGUCUGCAGAUAUAAUCGAAAGGACUAUCCGGGCUGCUGUGGAACAACAUCUCUUUGACCUGCAUAGCAGCCUUGACCAGGAGGUUCACAGCUAUACAAUCCAGGAUUCAUCAAGUCAAGAUGAAGAAAGGAUACUAUAUAGGGAGAACAACACUGCAGAGAAUCCCAUAAGCCCAGAAAAGAAAAAUGAGGACAACUACAUGGAAGUAAAUGUACUAGCUCAAGAUCUGCUUUCAAACCACAUAUUUUGCAGUUCAGUUUGUCCAGUGGUGACUGUGGAGGAAUAUGACAAGGGAACCUGGUUGACAAGAUGUUACCAAUCAAAAAUCAAGAAGCAAGCUGAAAACCUCUCCUGUCUAACUCUUGAUCAACAGGAAGAUAGUGCCAUUGAACUAAGUAGCACAGUAUUGGUUGAUGCAGAAAACAAUCUCAACAAAGCAAGACCAGAAGAAUGUAUUGUACCUGAAGACAACAGCAUCUCUGAAAUAAUAACUUUUCAGUUCAUCACAAAAGAAUGCGAUAUAAAUGCAAAUUCGAAAACUGUGGAUUUACUCUGUCAGUCACUUGGAACCUCUCAUUUGGACCUGCGCAGUGUGUUUGAAGAAGUGACACAAGAAGCACCAUGUUCAAUCACUUUCCCCCUCAUUGACUUCAAAUCAAUGCACCUGCAGAAGGAUGGGGAAGACCCAGUGCCUGCAUUCAAGUCCUGGCAGGAGGACACAGAGUCUGGAGAGGCUCAGCUCUCUCCGCUGGCUGGACGCAUUGUUCACCAUCCUUUAGAAGAUGAUAGCCAUCCCCUUCUUGCACGCAGAUUCCUUGAAUUUGGACACAGUCAGCGUUUUCUCCAGGAUCAGGAUACAAACUUUCCUGUGAAAUCACCACCACUUGGCAGACCUCGUCGAGCCUCGUUCAGUUCCAAAGAAGAAGGAAGGGGAGAUGCUGUUCCUGUUCAGGUUUCUAAGAAAGUUCAGAGCCUCAAAAAGAAGAUCAAACAGUUUGAGGAACAGUUUGAGAAAGACCAUAACUAUAAACCUUCACACAGUGAUAAGGCAGCUAACCCAAAGGUGUUGAAGUGGAUGACAGAGCUCACAAAGUUACGUAAACAAAUCAAAGACACCAAACAGAAGUUAUCUAAUGGGGAACUUGCACCACAGGCACGCCCCAGGAGCAAGACUUUGCCAAAAAGCUUUGGUUCUACCCUUGAUCAAAAGGACCUGGAAGUGUUAACUGAAGAAGAUGGGAAAAGUCAGAAACCAACCCGCGAGGCCACUGUGGAGCUCAUCCUGUGUAGACUGAAGGACAAACGGGAAGAGGCCAAAUGGCCUGAGGAUAUUAAGAAAAUGACAAAAGAACACCUGUCGUACGAGAAGACGACACUGCAGAAGAACCUACUGUACUAUGAGAGUAUUCACGGUCGGCCGGUUACUAGAGAUGAACGACUAAUUGUAAAGCCCUUGUAUGAUAGAUAUCGUCUUGUGAAACAGAUGUUGACCCGUGUCAGUAUCACACCCAUUAUUGGUUCACCGUCAACCAAGAGACGUGGUCAUAUGUUGCAGCCAAUCAUUGAAGGGGAAACUGCUCACUUUUGUGACGAAAUCAAGGAGGAAGAAGAGGAAGAGCAAGAGCUUAGUGAAAGUCCAUCAAUUAUGGUGAUGCUGGACCCAGCUAUUUAUCCUGGCUCUUUAAAAGUACAAUUAGAAAGCAAGAAGAUAGACCAGCCACCAGAACAGCGGUCAGGAAAACUACCUCUUGAUUUACAUUUGUCCAACACCAGUGAAACAUCCAUGCCAGACCUCUUGGAACAGCUAUGGAAGGCGAAAGCUGAUAAAAAGAAAUUAAGGAAAAUCAUUCGGGAAUUUGAGGACAACUUUUAUCAGCAGAAUGGCAGGAAUGUACAAAAAGAAGAUCGCAUUCCAAUGAUGGAAGAGUACAAGGAGUACAAAAGGAUCAAAGCCAAACUACGACUACUAGAAGUCCUGAUCAGUAAGCAGGAUUCUUCGAAAUCCAUUUAAACUCACAAAGUUCAACUCCUGGACAAUCCCAAGUGCCUCUGUGCACGUUUUUCUUUUUAAGUUCUGGACAUCGCCAAACUGGCACCCCAUGCCAUCUUUAUCUUGGGGGGAAAAAUCCAGGAUGUUGAGUCCUAGCAUUUAGACAAGUCUGCUGGUGUGUAGUGUUUGAGUUUUUUGUUUUUUUUAAAUAAAUUUUCACUUUCACUCAUUUAGACACGAUGACCGAUCAAUCGGAAAACUUUUUUUUUUUUUUUUUUUGCAACCCGUCAUGUAAGUGUCCGAGUCUUUAAGGAUCUCUUUUGCUAUUCUUUUGAUUUUCAUUUUUUAACAUAUUUAAAGAUGCAGAAUUUUCAAGUUCAAGCUGUAAAACAUUUUAUUAGGACUGAUAAGAUUUUGAAUCUUGACUGGCAUGGCCUUUAUUGUUUCUGGAAAGCAAAGGCACUUGGAACUACUGUUGACAUUUACUGCUUGUAUUAUAAACUCAUUUUUAUACAUAUAAAUGUAUUAUAUGCGCACAAGACGGAAAGUAUGAAGAAAAAAGAUUCUAGGCCAUUUCAAAUUGGUGAUGUAAAAAUGGUCAGGAUUUUAAAAAGCUUGGCUAACCAUACUUGCAUUUUUAACGUAGUUCAUUUUAGUUUGCUUUGUGAAAAGCUCAAACAGUUUGCACAAUUUUUGUUUUUUAAGAAGUGUCGCAGUGUGGGACGCAGAUUGGGAAAUCUGAACGCAAUUCAUUUUCAAGAUGACUGACGGAAACUUGACUUUUUUCUCAAUGUUAAUUUCCAGCUUUUUAAAUAUGUGUACCUUUUUAAAGUUGUAGUUAUUGUUAAACUUUGACAUUUUUCGAGGAGAGUGAAGGGUUAAAAGGUUAACGUUGUUUAUGUGGACUUGACAGAAUAUCUUUUUGUGACACGUGAUUGUGGAGCGGCUCACCUUGGAGUGAGGACUCAGUUUCAAGGUUUUAAAUGUAGUCCAGGGGUACAGGCCCGUUUGUCUUCUGCCAAGUCCUGUGAGCAGAGAUGUACCUCACCCAGACAACCCCGGACUCUGGUGGAAAGGCACUAGAAGAGAUUUACAUCCAAGCUGAAAAGGCGAGAGUUGUGACAUCUAACACGCAUGAACAUCUCUACACCAAGUUUUCACCUUUUUUUUUUUUUUUUUUUUUUGGCCUGGAAAGUUGAGCAUUUCCUAGCGUACUAGGCACGUGACAUAUAAGCUUUAGAUGCUAUUAUUGUUCUAAAAGAAUUCUAUGAAUGUAACAAAAUUAAAGAAAUCAUCCUUGGAUGCCUGGCAGUGGUAGUGAAGUCAUCUCCAUCCAGUGUUACUGGGAUAGAUCUGAGAAAAAAGGAGAGGGAGAGGCCGAGCCCGCUAGUCUUUGUUAGAAUACUUUGCAGAAGGUAGAAAGUGAAGAUUGCACACUUCUGGCUUGUCUUUUCCUGACCUCCUGCCAUUAGAAUACUUGAUUUAUUCUUUUUAUUUCCUUUGCCAAGUCCUGAUUAUAAAUGUGCUGGACUUAUAAUUUGCGUGAGGUGUAGGUAUUGGCAAUUCUGUCUUGAAAUGCUCUGAAAGCAGAUAACUUGGAAAAGAUGAGAGAAAGCCGAUCUUCUUCAGGCCAAGCUGCCGACUGUUUUGAAAGUUCUUUAUUUCGCCUUACGCAAUUUAUUGUAUUAGGAAUUUGUUCGUUUUCACAUAGCCCUUGGGGUUGGUGUUGGAACACAAGACGUCCGUGUGCUCUGGAGAGUUUAAUUCAUUCCAGCUCACCGUGGCAAACAAAUCCUGAAUUGUGAUUUCUGGACCCAGAAAUGCAGAGCACAGGAGGCUGAAGAAACUUGUAGAAUGAGGGUACUAGAGACCACCUUUGAAGUACAUUUAGAGUUAGAAACUCCCCAGAUGGUUACUGUGUUUUAUUUCCUUAACGCUAGUCUGUCAGUGACUUCUCUGAGCAUUUCAUUUCUAAUCUGCCACAGCGUUUGCAAACACUUAAAACCAAAUCAUGUCAGCUCAAAGCUUUUGGUGCCCCUUCUAAAACAGGACAGGAGCUGCUUAUUCUACAGCGUGCUUUCUUACUCAGCUGCUUGGCCACCUAAACGAAAUCUUUGAACAAUGUCUAAUUUAUGAACUGUGUUCAUCUUUAUUUCUGUUCCUUGAAUCUGAACGUGAUGCUGAAGUGGAGCAGUUUGUUUUACGUCUCUUGUCACGUUCCUGGUGCUCUUUUAUCUUCCUUUGUGAACAGACCUGCAUGCACUUAAUGUGGUCACAGAAUGCUGUGCUGCAUUGGCCUUUUGUUUUUUAUUUUUUUCUGGAUGCAUGUGUAUUGAUGUGCAUUUAAAAAAUUAAAGCAAGAUAAGCUGCACAGUAUGUGAAGCCAAACGGGCAAAAUAGAAGGAAUAAAUAGGAAUGCCAGUUACAAACACACACACAUAUCUGCAGCUAUGAAUCUGUACAUGAGAAAUCCCACUGUCAUUUACUGGUAGAAUAUUAACAUCACGUGUUCCUCAUAAUCCAUAACAGAAGCAGAACAUGGACAAAAAAUGAAUGUGACAAUGUAAAUGUGCUCAUUCAAGAAGAUGCUGUUUUAACACUAACACAACCCCACAGAUGAGGCCUUUGCAGUUCAACUCGCAUGCCUGAUGCUGAGACACCCUGGUUAGGUGAGUUGGCGCUGCACUGGCCUGGCAACCUGUCCAGAGCAGUUUCCUGCUUUGUGCCCAGAGCUGCCAGGACAGGCGCUGGAAACCCUCAACACUUGAUUUGAGACCAUUAUGGAGGAAUUGGGCUCCAGAUGACAUUGAGACUUUGCAGAUACAAAUCAUGUGGUUCUGUUGUUGACAAAAGCUCCCUAAAAUGUCCAAAACAAACGUCCCUCCUACCACUUGGUACUCUUAACUGUCCUGUCCUGACUUUGGCAGUGAGCUUUUGAGACGUCUUGUCCAUGACAGCACUUUUCUUAUCACUUCUGUAUUAAGAACAGGCUUCUUCACAGACCCGGCUUCUCUUGAAAUGCACACACAAGCACUUUUUUGUCUUCUUUUUUUAAAUGUAAUGUGGAGACUUUGUAUGAGUGGCAUGAUGGGAGAAGCUGGCAAGAAACAGUGCAAGAGAUGUCUCAAUGUGCCAGCUGGGUUUGUAUGUAGGGUACCUACUUUAAAAGUCAGUCAUAUUCUCCUUUUCCCCACAAAACAGCAGCUUGUUGUAUUGAGCACCACGAGUGUUUUAUAUUAUUGCUUCUACCAGCCAAGCACCCCCCCAAUGCCAAAACUGCUGGCUACCAACUGUGACUAGAAACACUGCAACCUAAUAGACUGCAUGGGUAUGGGCGACUUUAAAGUGUGCCACCUGUUGUACAGCUCCUAGUAGAGCUCCUUAUAAGAGUGUUGUUGUAAGUGUAUUGCUGCAGCAUGGACAUACGGUUUAAUGACAUUUACAGUUUUGCUUUUCCUGAUUAUACUUUUCAAAUUGUUCUUUCACAAUAAAUGACAAAAAACAUCAA